AUGUCGUUGACGAUACCACCGAGAUACUGGAGAGGGAUGGCACAAUAUAUUUGGAGAGACUUGCCAAGGACUCUUCACAAUGAUGUGGUACGAUACGAAUCUGGCCAAGCGCUGCAGUUGUACGACGCCUUCCUUCUCUAUGCCGACGAGGAUUCCUCCUUUGCUAUCGAAAUCAUUGAGAACCUCGAGAAAAGGGGAAAUCUUCGGCUCUGCACAAAAGACAGAGACCUUAUCAGUCGUGGGGAAAGAUUCGAACCUGAGAUACUGAUGCAGUUGAUUUCCGAGAGAUGUACAAGAUUGAUUGUGGUUCUUUCUCCCAACUUCAUCAAAAGUCCAGUCAACACAUUUCUAAUGGAUUUUGGCCAGACGACAGGUCUCCUUGAACGACGAAGGAAAAUUGUUCCUGUUCUGUACCAAGACUGUGAAAUCCCAAUACAAAUGCGCCACACGGUCAUGCUUCAUUACAACAGAGUGGGAAUUUACGACUUUUGGGAACGAUUUCGAAAUUGCAUUCGUAGUGUCUCACCACCAGCCAUCACUGCUGAUCGUAAAAUUGCGGAGCAUUCUCUAGUGCCACAGAAAUUCGUAGAAUUGCCUCCGACGGUUAAGGGAGAGAGUUUAAAGGCUGAAGAAGUGAAAAUUGUCGAGAGAAAACAUUCACCUGAACCGAAUGUAAAGCCAGUGAAGAAAGAAGGGUUUUUCAGCUUUACGAAAAAGAAAUCUGUCAGGACCGAGGACAGUACGGUUAGUCUGCCUUCUUUGAGUGGAUUAGACAAGCUCGAAGAGCCAGAUAGUCAAAAAAUCGAGACGAAAAAAAGUAGCAAGGGAGUGACGAAAAAAAUUAAGGCUCUUAUAUCAAGAUCCUGA